GGUCCGCCUUUAACAUUUCUUUUCCAUUCUCUCUUAACUCAGAAACUCCACUCUUCCAUCCUUCCUCUCUCCGUGACACACAAAUUGAAUUCUUUGUCAUCCAAAGAGAAUUACGACAUGGGCAGAUAAAGCAUUGAAGGCGAGCUAUCAACUCCUAUAGUUGCCAAAGAUGAACAGCAUCAAGUAUAUGGCAGUGGUACUAGUAGUGGUGACCAUGUUUGUGCCAACAGUAUUGGUUGUGAUGGUGGUGGUGAGAGUCAGAUUGGAUCUUUUUCAGCCACAGGUAUGGUUGUGCUUAGCACUUUGGUUGCUGUCUCUGGUUCCUAUGUUUUUGGCACAGCUGUGGGAUAUUCAUCACCUGCUCAGACUGGAAUCAUGGAUGACCUGGGUCUUAUAGUGGCUAAGUACUCACUUUUUGGUUCAAUAUUGACAAUUGGAGCAAUGAUGGGUGCAAUAGUGAGUGGCCAAAUAGCAGAUUACAUAGGUAGAAGAGGUACAAUGGGCUUUUCAGAGAUAUUCUGCCUGGCAGGGUGGCUAGCCAUAGCAUUCUCAAAGGGUGCUUGGUGGCUUGACCUUGGGAGACUGUUGGUAGGUUGUGGGAUGGGACUCCUUUCCUAUGUGGUACCUAUAUAUAUAGCAGAAAUAACACCUAAGAAUCUUCGGGGAGGGUUUACAACUGUUCAUCAGUUGAUGAUUUGUUGUGGGGUAUCGUUAACAUAUUUAAUUGGAGCUUUUGUGAAAUGGCGAACUUUGGCUCUGAUUGGUAAGCUUCCCUGCUCUUGUCCUGUAUUCUUGUCAUUUGAAGGUAGUUUCAUAAUAAGGCUUCUUCUUUUUUUCUUUAAUUUAGGAACUAUACUAUGUCUAGUACAACUUCUUGGUCUAUUCUUUAGUCCAGAAUCUCCAAGAUGGCUGGCAAAAAUUGGUCAAAAGAAAGAGUGUGAAGCUGCUAUACAGCACCUUAGGGGGCAGAAUGCUGAUAUCACUCCAGAAGCUACUGAGAUUAGAGUAAAUUUUGGACUUCAGAUGUCAAUGAGAAUAUAACUCUUUGUUUCCUCUUUAACUAGAAAAAUUACAUACUAGUCUUGAAUAUUUUCCAACAAUUUCACUUAGAAACAAGUAUUGACAUGGUUUUUAAAUCAUUUUAUGGGAGUACACAGAAACCCUUCAACAGUUUUUUGAAGCUAGAAUUCUUGACUUAUUUCAAUGGAAAUAUGCUCAUUCACUUAUUGUAAGCUUUUGUAUCAUAAUCUUUGUAGUCCGUUUUUUAAUUUUUUAGAUAGGUUUGAUCUUUUUGGCUAACAUAAAAGUGGGUUUGGAAGUUGAAUAGAGGAAUACUUUGUCAAUGACAGGGUUUUCGGGUAGUAUUGGGACCAUAGCAAUUGUCAUUGUUCAAGUUCUUGACUCUCUUUGCGGAAUUCCAACAUUUGCUUCUGCUUAAUGCUUUUUAAGUGAUUUACAUGAAUUUGUACAGAUUCCAAUGACAGCAUUAGGGGUAAUUUUGAUGGAUAAAUCUGGAAGGCGGCCACUUCUAUUGAUAAGAAGGUUAAGAAAUCUCUACCAUGUAAUGGAGUUGAACGAAAAUAAUUUUGAACUCCAAUAUAUUCACAGGUUUCUGCAGCAGGAACAUGCUUGGGUUGCUUGCUUGUGGGAUUGUCAUUCUUCUUGCAGGAAUGGCAAGCACGGUAACGGGAAGAUACAGAGGAGCUGCAUAGAAGACGUCAACAGGAAGAGGAAGAAGAGAAAGGAAAGGUUAAAGAGUAUUGUGAAAUUGCACACACUUGAAAGGGUAUCCAGAAAAAAAAAAUGCCACAGAGACUGGUUUCUAGCUUCAUCAGAGCUGCUAGAGAUUGGAGAAGUGGUGAAGGAAAUUGGGGAAGCUGCUGAGAAAGGAGAACUCAAUGGGCUUGUUUUAAUGGUCAUAUGGAAUAGCCCUGAUCUUGCUAGACGAUGAAAUGGAUGCUGUGAGAAGUCUUGAUCUGUUAUACAGAAAGGCUGAGGUUUGAUGAUGAAGGUUGGCUGAAGGAAUGCAAAAAACACACAUGGUUGGCACCUUUCCAUGAGAGGAUCCAUUUAGCGUUCUUGUUCCAACAGGAUUUGAAAUUAACAAGGUUUAGUAAUGGUUUUGUAGGCUAUUAUGGUACCACAUGGCACAAUACAUUUUUAGCUUUACAGAUUGCAGCUCUACGACUAGUGCAAAGGUUAGGAAUUGAUUUGUAAAGAAAUCAUGCUUACCUUUAACCAUUGAUUUGUUCUUUUUAUUGGAAAUAAAAUUAUUAAGGGAAGAGACCAAAAAAAACUAAUUAAAGUCUCUUCUUCUUGUUUUGGGGGUUAAGGUUAUACUCUCCACAUGGCUUGUACAUAUGUUGCAUAAAUUUGAAAAGAAAAAGAAACAAUUAUCCAACUUCAA